CUCAGCAACUCCGAAGAUGUGGUUGACAACAUUGCGAGGAAGAUACUCGCCAGUAAUGCGCUCAAUCUGAAUCUUACUCCACCGUUGCCCCCACCAGAGAAGUUCACCACUGGCUGCAACUACCCACGAUGGGAACUCCAAGCCCGUGCUUACAUCCGGAGGUUCCCAAAGGAAGAAAAACGUGUUGCCCUGUUAGGUUUGCUGACCAGAGACGCUGUGGAUCGCGCAUUCCAAGCCAACGUCUUCGAAGGCGAUGACCUGGAAGCCACAUUCGCCCAGUUACGUAAGCUGCUGGACACGCCGCUACAUCCUGCCGAAUAUCAGACGCAUUUCCACGCGGCGCUCCAGGAGAUGGGGAGACCACCGAAGCGUACGCGUAUCGCAUGA